AUGGUUCUCGCAGCUCAUCCAAACCCGGACGCUCCUGUCCUCACCCAGUUCUCCCUCGCUGGCAAGACCGCUCUUGUCACCGGUGGAAGUCGCGGCAUUGGCCUCGAGGUGGCCAAGGGCCUGGCCGAGGCUGGUGCCAUUGUCGCCAUCACCUACUCGACCAGUGAGCCGCAAGCGGCCAUCGCCGCAAUCCAGACGGCUGCAGCUGCCGCAUCCUCAUCUUCGGCGUCCGUCACGCCUCGCGCCUACAAGUGCGACGUCACCGAGCAGGCUGCUAUCGAGGCCGCCGUCGAGGCAGCCGCUCGGGAACUCGGCACCGGUCGCCUUGACAUCCUCGUUGCCAAUGCCGGCAUCAGCGACCACACAACCGCCAUCUCCUAUCCCGUAGAUGCCAUGCGCCGCAUAUUCGAUGUCAACGUCAAUGGUGCCUUCUGGGCCGCCCAGGCCUCUGCUCGCGUCUUCCAGCGCCAGGUUGCCGCCGGUGGCCGUCCCGGCACCAUCAUCUUCACUGCCUCCGUCAGCGCCUCGAUUACCAACACCCCCCAGCCUCAGGCCGCUUACAACGCCACCAAAGCCGCUCUCGUUCAUCUGGCUAAGGGUGUUGCCGUUGAAUGGGUAGACUUUGCUCGCGUAAACUGCGUGUCGCCGGGAUAUAUUGAAACAGACAUGAUCGCUACGGUUCGGGAGGACUGGCGCAAGGAGUGGAUCCGCCAGAUUCCUGGGCGCCGGAUGUGCCAGACUGCUGAGCUCAAGGGUAUCUACCUUUUCCUGGCCAGCGAUGCCAGCAGCUACAUGACUGGAGCUGAUCUAAUCAUCGAUGGCGGCAUCAGCUUGCCAUGA